AUGGCUAGCAGAAACAGAAGAUACACAGUAAAUGAAAUCAUAUCAAUGCUUGAGGAUGAAGGUAACUUUGAAAGGGCAGAUAUACAUGUUCAACCACCUCCUGUAGAUGAACUGACAGAUGAAGAUAGUGCAAGUGAAGAUGAAGAAGUAGGUUACAACAACCUCAGUGGACGUCAGUUAGACCAACAAGCAACAGCGACAGAAACUGACCAUUCUUCAGAUUCUUCUGAUACAGAUGAAUACGAAGUGCCUGCAAAUAUUGCAAAAAGACUUCAAGUAAGAAUUGCACUAUGGGAUCCAGCUCCACGUCCCAAACGACCUGCACCAGUAAAGAGGAAGUGGGAAAAUCUACCUGAGCAAGAUAAAGACAGAUUCACUUGGCAUGGCUCAAAUAUAGACAAAAGUCGAUGGCCGCAAACACCAGAUGGCAUCUUCAACUUAUUUUUUGAUGAUGACGUGAUCAACAUGAUUAUUGAACAGAGUAUAAGAUAUGCUGGUUCAAAAGGCAACCAUUCGUUUUCAACUUCACCCCAAGAAAUUAGGAUCUUCCUAGCAAUUCUGCUUAUAUCAGGCUAUAACACUGUUCCAAGACGGAGACAGUUCUGGAGCCGGGAUGAUGACGUAAGGAAUGAGGCAAUAGCUCGUACAAUGCCACAAGACAGAUUCGACAUAUUGGUGCGAUAUGUACAUCUUUGCGAUAACAACAAUCUUGACAGAGAGGACAAGUUUAGCAAAGUAAGACCACUGCUAUGUCUGCUGAACGAGCGCUUCUUGUUAUACUUCUUGAAAGAGAAAAACCUUUCAAUCGACGAAAGCAUGAUCCCGUACUAUGGGCGACACGGAGCAAAACAGUUUAUUCGUGGGAAACCAAUUAGGUUCGGUUAUAAGAUUAACGACAGCACUUGGACAAUGGGAGGUGUGGACAGGAUGGAUCAAAAUGUUGAGAAGUAUCGUAUCUCUAUCAGAUCCAAGAAGUGGUGGUGGCCAGUGUUUAUGUAUUGCAUUGACCUUGCGGUGCAGCAAACCUGGCACAUUUACCGUGCUACUGAUGCAGGAUUGAGGCAACCAUUAGAUCUGUUAGGUGUCAGACGAGCUCUGGUUACUGUGCUGCUUGCUCAGGGGCGUACACCUGCUGUCAGCCCUGGCAGACCAAGAG